CCACUUGAACAUGGUGUCAGAAGUGAACCCAGGAGGGGUUUGAACUGAAGAACUCAGGAUAAAAAUAAUAGUGUGGAUUUUGCCGCUCGUAGUCGCCAUCGAAGUCCGGGACGGCCGCCAUGAGUCGAUUCCAGGUACCCCCACCUCAGAAGUUUUCCUUCAAGGCAGAUGACUGGCCUAAGUGGAUAAAGCGUUUUGAAAGGUUCCGGAUUGCGUCUGGUUUGGAGACUCAAGCCGAGGAGAACCAAGUGAAUGCGCUGAUUUAUUCCAUGGGGGAGGAAGCCGAGGAUAUUCUGGUCUCGCUGCACCUGAGUCCGGAGGAGGCAGUCGACUUCCACACAGUCAAGACAAGGCUGGACGCUCAUUUCGUGGCUCGCAGAAAUAUAAUUUUUGAAAGAGCAAAGUUCAACCAACGACAGCAGGAGAUGGAAGAGACGGUCGACAGCUUCCACACUGCGCUGCAAUGCCUGGCGGAGCACUGCGGCUACGGCGCUCUUCACAGCGAGAUGGUGAGAGACAGAUUUGUUGUGGGUUUGAAAGACAAACGGUUAUCGGAACAACUACAGAUGGAUCCAGAGCUGACUUUAGAAAAAGCAGUUAAUAGAGCACGACAGAGUGAGCAGGUUAAAAGGCAGCAAGAGAUGCUUCACAGUAACUUCAGAGCGGAUGUGCAAGUGGAUGGCGUGCACGCGCGUCAACACGGCGGCGCGCGAGCGAAGACAAGAGCACCGCCACACCGCCAAAAAGUAAAGACACACACACAGGACACAGUAAUUCAGUGCACAAGAUGUGGAGAUUCAAGAGGACAUAGCAUGCAGCAAUGCCCAGCACGUGAAGCAGUGUGCAAUCAGUGCAGGAAAAAGGGACAUUAUGCAAGAGUCUGCAGAACCAAACAGAGAAAAGACAUGAAAAUUGCUAUGGUGACAGAGGACUCAAAUGAUGGAUUUGCUUUUUUAGGUUCAAUGUCUGAUAAAAACACAAUAAGUCCUUGGAUCACAGAAGUAGAGGUGAACAGCCAUAGCACAGUGUUUAAAAUUGACACUGGAGCUGAUGUGACUGCAGUUUCAGAGACGUUGUACAAAGAAGGACAGUUUGGCAAGCUGGAGAAGCCAACAAAAGUCUUACGAGGACCAGGAGGUUCACGGUUACAAGUCCAAGGUAUGUUCACAGCUAACCUUCACAAAAAUAACAAAAACACGAAGGAGGACAUCUAUGUUGUGAAAGGUUUGAGUAUGCCGCUCCUGAGUGGGACAGCAGCUAUUGCUCUACAGCUGGUUGCCAGAGUAGAGAACAUCAUUCUGGACUCCACAGCGACUGUUAAAAGGGAGUUCCCUAGGCUUUUCAGUGGACUCGGAAAAAUGGAGGGAGAGUACAACAUUGUGCUGAAACCGAACGCUCAGCCUUUCUCUCUGUCCACACCAAGACGCAUAUCUCUUCCCCUUAUGCCAAAGGUUAAGGAGGAGCUGACCCGAAUGGAGCAGCAGGGGGUCAUCUCAAAAGUGGACCAGCCAACUGAGUGGUGUGCACCCAUGGUGGUGGUGCCAAAACGCACAGGCAGGGUGAGGAUCUGCACUGACCUAACUGAACUGAAUAAAUCUGUGUUAAGAGAAAAACAUCCUCUUCCGUCUGUUGAAAACACAUUAGGGCAGCUGGCUGGAGCCAAAGUAUUUUCAAAGUUGGAUGCUAAUGCUGGAUUCUGGCAGAUUCCACUAUCUAAAGACUCUUCUCUGUUGACUACCUUUAUAACUCCUUUUGGACGAUACUGCUACAAUCGUCUGUGUUUUGGGAUCUCGUCUGCACCCGAGCACUUCCAGAAACGAAUGUCACGUAUCCUGGAGGGUCUCGAAGGAGUUUUGUGUCAGAUGGAUGACGUUCUCAUCUGGGGAACCACACAAGAAGAACAUGAUGAGAGACUGAGAAGAGCAUUAUCUCGUCUCCAAGAGGCAGGUGUCACGUUAAAUGACAAAUGUGAGUUUUCAAAAAGCAGGAUUAAAUUCUUGGGUCAGAUUAUUGAAGGAUCAGGCGUCAGCCCAGACCCUGAAAAGGUUAAAGCCAUCACAGGCAUGCAGGAGCCUACCAAUGUGAGCGAGGUGAGACGUUUUCUUGGAAUGGCAAAUCACCUUGGAAAGUUUUUGCCUCACCUAGCAGAAAAGACACGCCCUCUGAGAGACCUGCUGAGGAAGUCUAACAUGUGGAACUGGGGUUCACAGCAGCAGAAAGCCUUUGAGAGUAUCAGAGCUGAUCUGACGACACCCCCGGGACUCGCUCUGUAUAACCCAAAUGCUGAAACGCUGGUGUCUGCAGAUUCUUCUUCCUAUGGGAUGGGCGCGGUUCUCCUCCAAAAACAAGAAAAUGGAGGAUGGAAACCGGUCGCGUAUGCGUCCAGAGCUUUGAGCGAAACAGAGCAGCGCUACGCCCAAAUUGAGAAGGAGGCGUUGGCCUUGACGUGGGCAUGUGAGAGGUUUCAAGAGUUUCUCAUCGGGAAAUGUUUUCACAUGGAAACGGAUCACAAACCGUUAGUCCCACUGCUGGGAUCAAAGAGAUUGGAUGAGCUGCCACCCCGCAUACAACGCUUACGUAUGAGACUGAUGAGGUUUUCUUUUACCAUCUCUCAUGUCGCAGGCAAAAACAUCGCGACGGCAGACGUUCUGUCAAGAGCUCCUGUUGGAGGGAAUGAUUCUGACUUAUCGGAGGAAGAUAUCAACCUGUAUGUGGACGCGGUCAUAAGCAGCCUACCAGCUACUGAGAGCAGGCUUCAGCAAAUUAAGACUCAUCAGGAGAAUGACGUCAUGGUUCAGCAACUCAAAAAGUGCUGCGUGGAAGGAUGGCCAGAUAAGUUCUCAGCUGACAGAUCCCUGCAGCCUUACUUGCAGUACUCAGGAGAUCUCUCAGUUCACAGCGGUUUGCUACUUUACGGUAGCAGAAUAGUGAUUCCUGCAUCACUGAAGAAGGACAUUCUUUCAAAGCUGCAUGAAGGACAUCUGGGGAUAACCAAAUGCAGAGCAAGAGCCAAGCAGUCAGUUUGGUGGCCAGGUCUCAGUAAAGAGUUAACAGAAAUGAUAGAAAAAUGUGAUGUCUGUGCUCGUGAGAGAACAAACCUGAGGGAAACUUUAAUUCCUACUGAGUUUCCUACAAGACCAUGGUCCACAGUAGGAGCAGACCUGUUUCAGUUUGGUUCACAGCAUUACUUGAUUGUGGUGGACUAUCAUUCCAGGUAUUUUGAGGUGGCCAAGCUGACAUCUACAACAUCUGAAGGUGUUAUUGAACACUUUAAAUCUGUGUUUGCACGACACGGCAUUCCGGAUGAGGUGCGCACGGAUAAUGGACCACAAUUUAGUUCUGAGCACUUCCGUAAUUUUGUGCGCUGCUGGAACUUCAAACACGUGACUUCAAGCCCGCAUUUCCCACAGAGCAACGGUGAGGCGGAACGAGCUGUGAGGACGGUAAAGAAUCUUCUCAAGAAGUCUGGGGAUCCAUAUCUUGCUCUCAUGGCUUAUCGUUCUGCGCCUCUAGCAAAUGGAUACAGCCCUGCAGAACUUCUGAUGGGCAGAAGGAUAAGGACGACUGUUCCUAUGAUUUCUUCUCAGCUUAAUCCAGAAGGUGCGGAUAUGAAGCGGCUGAGGAAGAUUGAGCAGAAGUACAGACAAAAGCUUCAGCAAGAUUAUAACAGCAGACACAGAGCACAUGAUUUGUCUCAGUUACAGCCUGGAGAUCAUGUGUGGGUUAAAGGUCUGCAGGAGAGGGGCACGGUUGUUUCGGCUGCAAAUACUCCAAGGUCGUACGUCAUAGAUACACCAAAGGGGGUCCUGCGGAGGAACAGAUACCACCUUUCACCAACUCCUGUGGCUCCAGAAACACCUGCUCUUUCUCCCCCGCAAGAUACGAGAGGAAGUGUGGCCCCUGAAGAAAACGAGUUGGAACAGGAGACUUCAGUGUCUGAGAGACGGUUUCCAGUAAGAGCCAGGGCGCCGCCAGCGUACCUAAAGGACUAUGUUUGUUCAAACAAUAGGAACUGAGUGAGUUCUGGGGCAGAAUAAUCCCCACACUCAGAUUGAGGAUCUGAGUAGUCUAUCUCAUUCCUCAUAGAUAGAAGUUUGUGGUUUUAUGUUGAAAUGCAUGGAGUUGUUAAUGGUUUCACUAGGAUGUGCACUUCAUGUUGGUUAUGUGUAUGAACACUUUACAGAGGAGCAGUGCAGUGUUACUGAUGAGAAAUCUUUUUGUUAUGUUACCCUGACGUUCUUCAUUUAAGAAAGGGGGAUGUAGUAUCAGGUGAGACAAAGGGGUAGGAACCUU